AUGGAUGUGGAAAACGCGGAGUGUUGGAGGGCCGGAGGAGAGAGGAUGGUGGCCGAGGAAGGAAAGACGAGGGCGACUGACUUCUCGAUCGCGGCGAUCAUGGCCCGCAGCGGCGCCGAGCCGCGCAGCCCCGUCGCGCAAACACCGCCACACACCGGUUCGGUAUCCAGGCAAAGUUCACCGGCAUCGCUCAGCUCUCCAGCGUCGAGCUGCCGGUCCCCCCUGCCGGACGAAGAUGUGGAGGUAGACGUGGAACAGUGUUCUGAUGGAGAGCGAGACGCCUCCGACCACGCCGUGCCUUCACCUGCGCCAUCCUCCGAACUAGGUGAGAGGGAUACGCCUUCACCAGCGAGGCCCCUUCCUCCAGCCACCUCCUGCAACUGCGAGGAGUUACUCUCCGUAGACUGUCAGCUGGAAACUAAGGAAUUAUGGGACAAGUUCCAUGACCUUGGCACCGAGAUGAUCAUCACUAAGAGUGGCAGGUAA